GUAUGCCGUUGAUUGUAUAUUUGGUACUAGUAAUUGUUAUAUUUUCAGAGUCUAUUCAUUCUUGCUAUAGCCCUUUGUUAAUACCGUUUACCAUCAAAAACACGGGAGCUACUGGUGAUUUUCAACUACAAGCAGAGACAGACAACUCUAACUUUUUGGCCAAAAUUUCUCCAUCAACAAUCAAGAUCAACAGUCACGCGACUGUAAGCGGGCACUGUGACGUCACUCUGACAGCAACUCCCGGUUCAGCUCUUGCAACGCAAGUUAUAAUUUCUGUGCUAGAUUCGACGUCGAAAUUUCAGUAUGUGGCGAAAACGAUAUUUGCCAGUGGUGUGGUAUGUUCUCAUCCAGUAACAAACAGUAUUGUAAUUACAUCCGUUACUAACAGUACUCAGUUGAACUUGACAAUUACCACGACAUCUGGUACGACGACAUUGAGGACGGAUGUAAAUAACGCUCUAUUUUUAGUAACAGUAAUGGCUGCCUUCGUGAGCUGUUUCACAAACAAAAAUUCAGUGUAGU